ACCUCAAAUAUCAUUGCUAUUAUUGGUGCUAUUGUGGAAUGAUCUGUGAAAUCGUUAUUGUCGGCACAAAAUGUUGAUAAAACGGAAAAUAAUAGAAAAAUUGGUGAAUCGUGUACGCUUCUGUUCAUCUUCUGUGAAAGAAAGCUUGAUCAUUCAGAAAACUACUUACCGCACGGAUAAUUGGACGAAUAUCAACCAGCGUUUGGAACCGUUUAUUGGAGCCAAUCUUUACAAAAAGUAUAAUCAUCCGUUGAGACUGACACAGGAAGAAGUAGUGACAUUCUUUAAGAAAUGGUUUAACAAAAAUGUAGACGACAGCUUAGACCUUCCAGUGUAUAAAAAUAUUGGUCCAAUCGAAGCAAAUGAAUCGCCCGACAAAUUGCCCAAUGCUUUUUAUGUAAACAGAGAUUUGAUUUUGCGAACACAUACCAUAAACCAGGAGCUGAAAUGUUUAAAAAUGGGUGUAGAUAAUUUUGUAAUGAUUCUUGAUUUGCAUCGUCGUUGUCAAAUGAAUUGGUCGCAUUUUCCAAUAUUUCACCGAUUAAAUGUGAUCCGUUCAGAAAAUUGUGGAAAUCUCCUCCAGCGAACGGAAACUCAACCAGCUGAAAUGGGAAAAUAUUUGAAAGAAGAGCAACAAGCAGCUCUGGUUGAAUUGAUAAGGCAUUUACUUGGCACAGAUGUAAAGUAUCGUUGGACUGAUGCGAAUCUAGCUACAACACAACCAUCGUGGAUGUUUGAAAUUUGGCAUCGAGAUGAAUGGCACCGAAUUUCCGGCGGUGGUCUUAUUAGAAAUGAAAUAUUUGAAAAAAGUGAACGACCAAACAUCGCUGGAUGGGAAGUUGGCAUCGGCCUAGAUCGAUUGGCAAUGAUUCUAUACAAUAUUUUCGAUAUUCGACUCCUAUGGAACGCUGAUCAUCGGUUUUUGAACCAAUUCCAACCGCAACAAAUCUCGGAGAAACUACAUGCUAAACUAGCAAAGUCAACCGAAAAGGAUGCCCUAAAAAAUGUUCUACAAAGACCAUUGAUGAAAGAGGAAGAUAAUGUUAUUAAAAACAAAAAUACAAAAUGUGAAAUGCACAUUUCGUAUAUUCUACCACAGAGUGUUGACCUGGAAUCGUUUCCAAUGGACGAAUUGUGUAAAUUUAUCCUUCAAAACACGGAAAAUGCUGCGAAAACGGUCGAAGUUUAUGAUACAUUCUUCAACCCUAAAUUGGACACAUACGUUAUAAACAUAAGAGUCGAGUAUAAAUUAGGUCGAAAAAGAACGAACAAAGAGGUUAAAAGUUUACACGCGAGUGCUCGAGCUCAUGCGGCUAAUAAUUUUAAUCUGACACUUAGACUGUAGCCAACCAAAAUAGCUAAUCAAACCGAUAAAAAAACAAUAAAACCGAUGUUAUACAAAUGA